AUGACAGAAAGAAAAGAAAACAUAGUGAUGUUCCCAUUUAUGGCACAAGGCCAUAUCAUCCCUUUCUUAGCAUUAGCACUUGAGUUAGAAAAGAAAAAUGGAUACACCAUAACCUUUGUGAACACUCGACUCAACAUCAAGAAACUCCGAUCUUCGAUCCCUCCAUACUCAUCCAUUCGCCUUCUUGAAAUCCCAUUCAACAGCUCCGGCCACGGCCUCCCUCCGGACUCCGAAAACACCGACUCUCUCCCUCUCCCUCUCCUCAUCCACCUCAUCGUAAUCUCUCCCGCUCUCGAGCCUGCCUUCCGAGACCUCAUCUCUGGCCUUGUCCUCGAACAUGGCCGCCCACCACUUUGCAUUAUUUCUGACAUGUUCUUCGGAUGGUCUGCCAAAGUUGCUCAUGAAUUCGGUGCAUUUCAUGCUAUAUUCAAUGCUGGUGGAGGCUAUGGCAUGGCUGCUUUUCACUCUUUAUGGCUACACCUUCUUUACAAGAAAGUGAAUUCCGAGGAGUUUCCUUUGCCGGGCUUCCGCAAAGGUCACCGGAUUCACACCAAACAGUUACCAGAACAUUUUCAAGUAGCGGUGCCCGGUGAUUCGUGGUGCUCAUUUUUAAAAGAUAUGUUUCGAGAUUGGUUGGAGAGUGAUGGGAUUUUGUUCAACACCACGGAGGAGAUUGACCAUGUUGGGAUGGAGUAUUUUAGGCAGCAAAUUGGCUGCUCCGUAUGGCCAGUUGGGCCUAUUCUGUCUUCCUUGGGAAGCAAAGCUCGUGCUGGUGAUGACGCUGAAGCCACAAUGCAUCUUUGCAUGAAAUGGCUUGAUUCGAAGCCUGCAAAUUCAGUUCUUUAUGUGGCGUUUGGGUCACAAAGUGCACCAUCACCAUAA